GCACUUCAGAUGGAUAACGAGACGGCGGCGGGUGCCGGGACGUGGUGACGUCACGCCGGCCACGUGACCCCUGACCCCCGGUGGCCCGGCUUGAUACUCCCGCGCAGUCCGGACUGGUGACGUCACCAUGCUUCGAGCGCACGUGCUUAGCGCGUCCAACCUCCCCAACGCCGAGAGCGUGGGGAAGAGUGACCCCUAUGUCACGACAGUGUUCCAAGGCGUCAAGCGGAAGACGACGGUGAAGAAGGGCGAGCUGAACCCGGAGUGGAACGAGAAGCUGGAAUGGGAGCUCACCGGCAAGGCGCCGUCGGCUGAGGAGAAGCUGGAGAUGCUGGUGAAGGACUACGACCAUAUCGGCCGCAACAGACUGCUGGGCAAGACUACGAUCCUGCUGCGCAACCUCAUGAGCGGCCAAGGCCCGCAGGACCUGGAGCUGCAGCUGGUGGAUCACGACCAGCGCCCCACUACGGGCAUGCUGCGCGUGCGCAUGGAGUACACGCCGCCCAAGGUGGCGGCGCCGGCGGCUGGCCCAGCCGCCGGCGCGGCCGGCAGCAAGUCGGGGACCAACGUGGCUGGUGGCACGAGAGCGGUGGGGAGUUACGAGGCGAUCCAGACGACAUCUAGCGGUGACAUUGUCAUGGGCCAAGGCGCCGAGUACAGCGCCGCGUUGGAACACCUCGGGGCGGGGCCCAGGUACCGGGACCUGCUUCCCAACAAGGAAACCAAGUUCCAGGUGCGUGUGAAGGUGGUGGAGGGGCGCGGUCUGAUCGGCUCCGACCUGAACCCCACCUGCCGCGUAUCGCUGGGAAACGACGGCAAAUCGACGCGCGUCCAGAAGGCCACCUGCAACCCCUGGUACGACGAGAUCUUCUUCUUCUACAUGAAGAAGUUGCCGUCGGAGGUGUGGGACACGCCGGUGGAGUUCAGGGUGUGCAACUCUCGUAUGCUGCGCUCCAAGGUGGUGCUGGGCGUGUUCAAGCUGGACCUGGGCACCGUGUAUGACCAGCCGCUGCACGCCUUCGUCAACAAGUGGCUGGCGCUCACCGCACUCGACGAGGAUGCCGGCGGAGUCAUGGGCUACCUGAAGGUCAGCAUCGCCAUCAUGGGACCGAACGAUGAGUGUCCGAACCUGAAGCCUCCGGGGAACGCCGAGCAGGAGGACGUGGAGCAGAACCUGCUAUUCCCCGCCGGUCUGAGGCUGGCGCCGGCCGGCUUCCACCUGAGCGUCUACCAAGCGGAGGACCUGCCGCGGAUGGACACUGGAGCGCUGAGUACGGUCAAGAAAGUGCUGGGUUUUGGUAGCGUAUCCAGCAAGCAGCUGGUCGAUCCCUACUUCGUCUUCUGCUUCGCCGGGAAGGAAGUGCAGACGCCGGUCGUGUACAGCACGGACCAUCCGGACUUCAAGCAGCGCCUGCACCUGGGCUUCCAGUUCCCUGCCUUCGCCAACAAGCUGAAGCUCUUGCUGAAGGACUGGGACCGAGUGUCAGACAGUGACCUGAUCGGCACGACGUUCAUCCCGCUGCCGUCGAUCAGCGUGGCCGGCGAGGACGGCUUCCUGCCCACGUUCGGCCCCUGCUUCGUCAACUUCUACGGCAGCACGCGCGAGUUCAGCAUCUUCGGCAAGGACGACCAGGAGACGCUCGACGAGGGCGAGGGCGAGGGCUGCGCGUACCGCGGCCGCUGUCUGGUGGCGCUGCGCACCACCGUGGGCGAGUUUCCCAACGUGGCGUCGGAGCCCAUCGACUUCGAGGACGGACUCAAGAUCGACUCGUUCCUGCGCCGGAGGAAGUACCUGGUCCACUGCGCCUUCGAGGACGCCACCAUGGUGUCGGAGGUAGACAAGCCGGUGGAGUUCGAAGUGUCCAUGGGCAACUACGGCAACAAGUUUGAGGACUCGGUGAUGCCCAGCCCCUCCUUCACGCAGCCCACCAACGCCGUGUUCGACGGUUGCAUGUACUACUUUUUGCCGUGGAGCGGCGCCAAGCCUUGCGUCACGGUCCACUGCCAAUGGGAGGACAUCUCGCACCGUCUGCACACGCUCAACAUGCUGCUGAUGACAGUGGAGACGCUGAAGCGGAGUUUGGCGGCACUCCGGACCAGCAUCCAGGCGGCGAAGGGGGCCGAGGAGCUGGCCGCCGAGUUUGUCGGCGUCUGCGACCAGCUGCUCCGCAACUGCCGGAUCCCGCUGCCGACGCCGGAGCCGCACGUGCAGUCCACCAACCUGCUGGACAACCUGCUGUUCGGCCAGAGGCGCGCCAAGCUGGACAACAUCAUCAAGGGGGUGCUGCAGCUGAGGGAAACGGCCACCGACCUGGAGGAGGCGGCCGAUCAGCUGGAGGAGUACGGCGCGACUCUGCGCGACCUGGCCGUGGAGCCGCAGAACUCGAUGCCGGACAUCAUAAUCUGGAUGCUGAGCGGGAAGAAGCGUCUGGCGUACUGCCGCAUCCCAGCGCACACCAUCCUGUACGCCGGCGAUGAGCGCCAGAGCGGCGCCGACUGCGGCCGCCUGCAGACUGUGCAGCUCAAGUUCCCAGGAGCGCGGCCUAACAAGCAGAAGAUCCCGGCGCUGCUGCGUGUCCGCCUAUGGCUGGGCAAGGAGCAGGAGUCGAAGGCCUGGAUCGCCGGGCACCGUGACGCCGAGACGGUGGUGUACGCCGAGACGUACGAGAACCAGUCGAGCAUCGCCGGCCACUGGGUGACCAAGGGCCCGACGAUGACGCGGGCCCAACCGCACAUAACACACCCGACGGCGCUGGGCGGCCAACCGGCAGCCGCUCUUACGCCAUGUUAUGGUCGUCUACUGCGCAGCCUGUUCUACGAGGCCGACGCCGGCCACUCCACGUACCUGGAGGACGUGUUCGAGAACGAGAACCGCUGCCAGCUGGCAGCUGGAUGCCGGCGCUCACGCAGUGGACGGACUGGAAACGACGCGUGGACGGUGGACCUGAACCGCGCGGUGGACGAGGAGGGCUGGGAGUACUGCGUCGAGUCCACGCUGGGAGGGUACGGGCCCGUGGACAAGCUGUACCACCUGUGCCGCCGCCGCCGCUGGGUCCGGCCGCGUACCAUGGUGGAGAAGGUCAAGGCUCAGCAGACGGAGGCUGACAAGGAGGGCUGGGAGUACGCGCCGCUCUUCGGUCUGAAGUUCCACGCCCGCGAGCGAAAGAUGGACAUGGUGCGCCGCCGCCGCUGGCACCGCAAGCUGGUGAUGUCGACCCACAGUGUGCCCCAGCUGCCCAUCUUCAGGCUGAAAGAUCCCGACUCGGAAGUUGUCCACCUCAGCUGUCCCAAGAUGUACCUGGUGCACACUAUGGAGCAGCAGUACCAGCUGCGCGCCUACAUCUACCAGGCGCGCGACCUGCUGGCCGGAGACAAGACGGGCUUCUCCGAUCCGUACGCCUGCGUCAGCUUCCUGAACUUCUCGCAGCGGACGGAGCGGGGUCGGGCAACGCUGUGCCCCACCUGGGACCAGACGCUGCUGUACGACGACCUCACCAUCCACGGCGACCCCAUGUUCAUCCUGGAGCAGCCGCCGCAGGUCAUCAUCGAGGUGUUCGACCACGACACCUACGGCGAGCCCGAGUUCCUGGGCCGGGCCGUAGCCACGCCCACCGUCCACCUGGACCCGACCUCUGGCUGGGGACGAGAGCGGGCGUACCUGAAGCCCUCGGAGCGGGGCGAGCUCUCCGACAGGCCCUACCACGGUGAGCUGCUGGCCUCGUUCGAGCUCUACUGCAAGGUGUCGGAGCUGCCGUUCCUGCCGCCGACGAAGAAGGGUGGCACGCUGUACUACGUGCCCAGCGGCAUACGGCCCGUGCUGCAGCGUACCGCCGUGGAGGUCAUGUGGUGA